UUCAAAGGCAAAAAAAGGGAAAAAAAAAGAAGAAAAGCAUAGGACCGAGAGACAGGCGUGGUUAACACUGACACGUUAGCUAAAUUUUAUACGUGCGGCCGAAGGGAGGUUUUGCCGUUUUUGACACCGCUUUCGUUCACGGCGGUUUCUCAGCCGUCGCUACCUCUCCUCUGCUCAUCUUGCUAUAAAACCCCUGUUAUCUCGUAGUAACUUUUAACAAAACCCUAGAGCUACCGAUAGAUUCAUAACCAAAAUGGAGUUCUCCCAAGAAGACUUCGAUCGGCUUUUGAUGUUCGAGCACGCUCGAAAAUCUGCGGAAGCUACCUACGCCAAUGAUCCUCUCAACGCUGACAAUCUGACAAAAUGGGGUGCAGCUUUAAUUGAAUUAUCGCAAUUUCAGACUAUUCCAGAGGCAAAAAUGAUGUUAAAUGAUGCUAUUUCAAAGUUCGAGGAAGCUUUGGAAAUAAACCCUGAAAAGGCUGAUACAUUAUGGUAUAUUGGAAAUGUAUAUACCUCUCUUGCUUUUCUGAAUCCGGACAUUGAUCAGGCAAAAGGGCAUUUUGAUAAGGCAUCUGAUUAUUACCAACAAGCAUCAGAACAGGACCCCAGUAAUGAACUCUAUCGCAAGUCUGUAGAAGUCACAGCAAAGGCACCAGAGUUGCACAUGGACAUCCAUAAGCAUGCAAUUAGCCAACAGACUAUGGGCCAACAGACUAGUGGUGGAGGAUCUUCUGCUGCUUCAAAUUCAAAGGGGUCCAAGAAGAAUAAGAAGAGCAAUGAUCUGAAAUAUGAUAUUGGCGGAUGGAUAAUACUUGCAGUUGGAAUUGUUGCGUGGUUGGGAAUGGCAAAAUCUCAUCUUCCUCCUCCUCCUUCGCCUCCUUGAUAAGCCAUAAAGUAAAUAUGCUGGUGCUUUUGAUUGAAACCUUCAGAUAUCAUUUAAAUGGUUCCAACAGGAAGACUUGUUGUCAAUUGAGUCAUACAUGUGGUAAUGUUUGUGCAAAUUUUAGCAAUUAGUAUGUGUAAUCAAUUCGUUAAGCUUUAUAUACCUUCUUUCAUUUGCUCAGGCCAAUUAUACUUUCACUAUUCUCCCCUUGGAAAGGGAAGUGAAGUGUUAGAGGUGAGAGACACCACUUCAUUUCAUAUGUUAUAAUGACAUAUAUAUGUCAUGCAUUUGGAUUUUCAUGUUAUUGUAUUUCACUCAGAAAUUAAAAUUCGGAAAUAUUUUAUUAGGUUUCAGUAUGUGUAA